GGUGAAUAAUAUCGUAUCUGUGUAAUUUACUAUUUAUAAAUCCUGCACAUGCGUAAAUCCAUUUUAUUCCUUACAAACAUGGCGGAAAUGAGUCCUGGGAAAUAUCAAAAACCUAGAUAAAACUCAAACAUGGAGCACAAGGUGCAGCUUGAGAACGUAAAAUACAGAAACUGGGUGAGGGCAGGUCUUGGGAUAAAAUACGUAAAAGAAGGCUUGGAACCAUUCUGCGACCAUCUUGUUAACCAGCAGCAUAUUGCUAUCUUAGAUAAAGUUAAACAGAAACACAAUCUUCCGGCAGUGACAUGUGGACUUUGCGACGUACGCAUACUUCAGCCUGAUCAUGUCCAACUCAAAACUAGGCAGUGUCCUCUUGGUCAAAUUUACUGUAAUUGCCUACAUCCACGCGGGAAAAUUUCAUGUCCAAACAAAGUAUGUGGUGCCAUCUACGAUGAAAUAAUUCAACUCCAUGCUUCAACCCCGCCUGCUCCAAACUGGAAAAACACGGACGCACAGCAAUGGUGCACUGAACCGUGGGCUAUCGCAAAGUGUUUCGUAAAUACUCCGGGAUAUGAAGCAAACAAAAGUAGAGCGGCAGAGUUUGAUUGUCUUGGCUUGUUGCAUGUGCUGAUAAACAACUUCGAUUUUCAUCAACACAUCAAGUGUGUGAUAACUGGUACAGAUGUUUUCUCAAGGGUACGCAUGUCUAGAAACGCUAUAUUUCAUUCUAACAGUAUGGAACAAGAAGACGCUGAGGUUAACAGUUAUAUAGAUGAUAUGAUAGAACUGUUGGAAGAUGAAACCGAAAUUAAACACAGACAAGAAUCUAAAGAUGCUGUCAAAAAUCUAGUAGAGCUAAAGCAGGAUGGUUUCAUUAUAUCAACAAAAGAUGAGGCCGAAAUCCGUCGUGUUGCCAUGGCUGCAAUCAACGAGAAGGAAAAAGAGCUUGAAAAAACGGUAGUUGAUGCAGGAAAUGAACUUAGAAAUACAGCUGCUGAAGGAAAACGCGAGCUUCAGGUGAAAGGUUUAGAUAUUAAAUCUGAACUCGAGGCGACAGGACAUAACAUCCGGAAGGAAUUGGUGAUGAAAGGAGAUGCAAUAAAAACUGCAGCUACUGAAGGCAUAAAUGUUGUCGCGGAGAAAGGUUUAGAUAUUAAAUCUGAACUCGAGGAGACAGGACAGAACAUCAGAAAGGAAUUGUUGAAGAAAGAAGACGAAAUACGAUCUACGGCUUCCGAAGGCAAAAUCGAUAUUGAGGGAAAAGGUUUAGGUAUCAAAGAUGAACUCGUGCAGACAGGAGAGAAACUUGAACAACAACUAACCCAAAUAAAAAAUCAGCUGACGAUGAAAGGAGUAGAAACAGAAGCGAAUCUAGAUCAGAAACUUCAAGAAUCAAAGUUGGAGUUGGACCGUAAACAUAAAGUUAUACUAGAUAAUUUAGAACACAAAUAUCCAUCUCAAUCGGGAUUGGAAACAAGAAACCCCAAUAUGGAUAGAAAGGGCUUAACUGAAGGUUCGAGGACGGAUUAUACUGACUGUAAACAAGAAGCUGAGAAUAGCAAGAAGAAAGCAGACUUUCAGGUAAAGCUGAUCAAACGAUAUGAAAAGUACAUCGGAAAGGUAUCUUCCGUGCCUCUAAAACCGCAUAGAAAGCAGAGGAAUGUAAAUGAUGUGUAUGUUCGUCCCUGGAUGACUGUAGAAAUAAAGAAUGAAAAGUCUAAAGAAUGGGAAGAAGUUGAGAUAUCUAUGCACGAAGUGGUCAGAAAUAAAGAAAAGCCCGCCAAAUACAUCUACGUAAUCGGAGACGCUGGUACGGGGAAAAGCAUGUUUUGUAAAAUGCUUGUGCAUUUCUGGUGUAUCGCUCAUUCGAAUCAAGAAAUCAGUUUAGACAAAUCUGACAUUAUGAUAGUAAAAGAAAUGCAAAACUUUAAAUUCUUAUUUUAUGUUUUACUGCGAUACUCUUCCGAUUGUGACAGUAUAGAAAAAAUGUUAGAGAAAUCAUAUCAUGAUCCUGCGCUUGGAGAUAUUUUACAAAAUGAAUCAAGUAAAUGUCUUAUUGUACUUGACGGUCUCGAUGAAUGGAAACCAGAUAGAAUGCAUGAUUCGCAAUUUCUGACCCCAGGACUUCCAGGACGGGAGCUCGAUGCUGAUUAUACUAUAACAACUUCAAGACAAUGGAAAUUUGAUACCUUGCAAAUAAAUGAUACUGAGGUAGAUAAAAGAAUCAAACUACGCGGAAUAGAUACAUAUCAAAUGAAACGCUUCACUGAGAAAACAGUCAACAUUUUAAACGACAGUUUUCAACAAAGCAAAAAUGCAGAGAAAUGUCAAUCUGAUCUUCAAAGCAGACGACUUUCCGAUAUCAGCCACAUACCAUUGAUCUUGCAACAAUUAAUAUGUCUAUGGUUUGACGAUAAACUCCGAGAAAAUUCCAAGUAUGCUAUAUACAGUAAUAUAUUAGCGCUCUUUUUUGAAUGGAAUGCACUGAAGACGACUUCAAAAAAUCAAGAAUGCGAGAUAGCUACACAAGCACGUAUGGACGUUACACUUUUGCCUGACUACUUAUGUGAUGUCAAGGCCCUCCGAGAAAACAUCCGUGUUAUACAGUAUCUUUCACAGUUAGCGUACGAAACCCUUUUUGACAAAAACAAAGAAACCAAACUGACGUUCAGUAACUCAGCAUUAGAACGCCUGAACAUACCAAAUAAUGUUACAAAGUAUUGUUUGAACAUAGGCAUCUUAACAGAAGAGCAAGAUAUAAGUUUGUCUGCAAGUUCAAGUCAACAAACUUUAUUUUCAUUUUUUCACAAGUCCGUGCAAGAGUACUUAGCCGCUGUGUAUGUCGCUAGUCAGCUCAAAGAAAUGUUGAAGUCGCGGAAAUCAUUUCCGAAGAAUAACGAUGAUCUUGCAGACGUAUACAAAACGUGCUUAAGGAAAUACUUUGGCAGUUGCAAAACGGUUGUUGAUAUCUUAGAUCAGUCAAAUGUGUUUAUUAUGCUUUGUGGAUUAGAACCACAGCUGCUGACAAAUGUUAGUGAGUAUAUUUAUGACGUAACACUUGUUGAUGAAUUGGUUGUUGAGGAAAGAAACACAUUACCGAAACAUGAAUUUUCUUCGGAUCAUCAUAAUUUGAUAAAAGAUAUUCAAAUGUGCAUAUUUAUGUGUAUUGAAGAAGCUAUGUCAAGUGCGAAAAAUGUUCACACACCUGUGUAUAUUGCCGAUAUUUACGUUUCGAAUUCACCAGAAUCUGAUUUGCUACGGUAUUGUGAGUAUGUUGUUUCAAAAUAUGUUCUAUCGAUAGAUUUUGAACAUUUUUGGUCGGACAUGAAAGAAACUGAUAAAGAAACAGUUUAUCUUGCCGUGAAACAUCUUGGAAAAUGCGAUCAAUUGAAGGCUAUAAAAUCCAGCUUAAUUAGUGAUGACAGGAUUACUAAUGAAAUCACAAAAAUAAUUGAUACAAAUGUUUUUACGCUUGAAACUGUCAGUUUCUUAAAAACAGACAAGAAAAUCAUAACACAUCUUGUUUCGAUAUUACCGAAAAUGCAACAAUUAACUUCGCUUCAGAUGAAAGGGACUCUUUCCGACCGUAUUCCACAUGAUGUUUGUUUGUCGUUGUGUACAUACCUGAAUCAGAAUACAAGUCUUAAGCAUAUAGCGUUUGAUAUUAGUUGUGAGAAGUACGACAAACACAUGAUAGACCUAUCAAAACAUAAACAACUUCAGAAUGUUGAUUUUAAGUUUAGUUCAGUCUGUACGGUCAGUUGUAACAUUGACAAUCUAGAAACGUAUGAGCUUAGUAUUACAAGUGGUAACAUGAUGAAACAUGUGUAUAACAGUCUAUAUAAAGCAGAUAAAUUAACACAUAUUAAGCUGUCCCACGAUUAUUUUAUAUUCAACGAUUAUUCUAUGUUAGACGAUUUUUUUAUGUGCUCUUACGAAACUGAUACUGAAAGUCUUAUCAGACUGCUGUUGUCAUUAGUCAGUCUCAGUUCUCUAAUGUUAGUGAACUUUACUUUUACUGACAAUAUUAUAGCACGUCCGUGUGAUAUGAAGAAUCUGAAAAAUAUAACACUUAACCGUGUAACAAUGAGUAUGACAACGUAAUACAAGUUUAUAGACAGUCUUCCUGAGCUGCCACAAGUAGUAACGAUAGAAACAUUUCAAAUGAAAAUUAGAGAUGGGACAAUAUUUGAAUACAGAAUUUAUGAUAAAAAAGAGAAAGCAGCUGCACAUCAGUAUGUUAGGGAGAAAACAAAUUUAUUCCGCGUGACACGUGAUGAUAUCAUUGGUUUUUGUUUUACUACAAAGAAAGUGCGACUCUGAAUAUAAAUUUAUCAGAACGCAAAUCACGAUCACUUGAGUUGGCAUAAAUGUUGACAGUGUUUCAUGAAAAUAACGUGCAACAGAACUGUUUUAUAUCAAGCUUACAUUACAGCAUUUGUCGUAUGUCUGUUAAACAGUCAUUUUGUUUACAGAAAAAUGCAAAAAGUAUUUAUAUUUCUGAAUAGCUGUAAUUAAACGAAUUACAUUACAUCGUGCUUCAGAUGUUUCUAGUCUAUAUGUAUAGUUUUAUUUAACACACUCAAUCUACAUUAGAAACAUGUAUAUACAAUUAUGACAAAGACAGUUACUGGGUUAAUCACACAGUUCAUAUCUUAUAAGAAAUAGAAGGAAGUAAGUUGUUCUUUAGUUCAUAUUCAUAACUUAUCAAUUUGAAAAUGUUAACUGAUUAUUUUAUAUUUAAUACAUACUGUUUGUUUGAAAUAUUUUGACAUUUUAAUAUACACUUGAAGGCUCUUUAAAGCUGAAUUUAUACAAAAUGCCUUCGUGGUUAGGUUCUAGCCAUUAACUUUUUUCUAUGCUUGUUCUUCAGAUUGUCAAAUAGAAAUUGUAACAGUUGUCCGUAUUACUUUCCAUUCGAUAGGUGUUUCAAUGCAUGACAUCAGCAAUUAAUUUUCAUACAGCGAGUAUUAUGUUGAACUAAAGACAGGUCAAUAGUACAAACUAUGGACCGGCGAUUUAUUUUAAAUGUCAUGUAACAAUUUGCCAUGGAUAUUGGAAUCCUGUAGUAGAUCUAAAGAUUUAUUGAUAUCUACUAUUGUAGUAAAGAAUGCGAUGAAGUGCAACAUUUCAAACUGUUUUAAUGGAAAGUCUUCUACAGCUUUAAUAAAUAUUUUACUUCUAUUUAACUGUUUGCCGGUAAAUAGCAAAGACUAUUGCCCGAAGUCCGUUAAGACAUCAGAAGUAAAUUUCAGCCAAAUAUGGUUUCAAUGCGUGACUUUUGCACCAAGAAAUAUGGUGUUUAUUUUUAGAUUCGUCAAGUAACAAAAGCCUGGACACUCUAUUUAUAGAAAUAGCAGUGUGAUAAAAUCUGAUGUCACAUCUCUUUCAUGCAUACAGUUUAUGUUAGUUUUUUUCCCUUUUUAGGGCAUAGUCAUCAUAUCACAAUGAAAUUUAUUCCAGGGGUUUUGUAAAAUUUUGCAUUCAUGAACAGUUAGUUUAAAAAAAUAAUAAUAAAUAAAAAACAACUUAUCUAAAUUUGGCAUUACGUCUAUACCAGAGUUGCAUUAAGUGAUAUUUAGAACCGACUGUACGUUUUGCAAAGAAGAAUGCAAACGAUAUAUCAAAUGACUUUCGAUCAAUUCUGCUCUGAAAUAUGGAACAUUCUUGCGCGAUAAAGUCUAAUAAUGUCUAGGAAUUGUUUGUGGCAGUGUUGUUUUUACCAUAUGUUAGCUGUGUUUGCUGAAAUAUCGAAAUAUCUUCAUUGUAACAAAUAGACGUAUGAUAUAUUUGAAACGACGUCAGUGUCAAAUGAUUUUAUGACAGUUCUAUUAUGAUAUUUUUGAAAUCGUUAUAGUUUUAAGUUAUUAGAUGAGAAAUAUGCACGAGUUCUGCAGUGGAAAUAUUGCUUGACUUUAAGAGUGCAAUAUAAUUCCGCUAAAGAACGAGUGCAUAUAUUCCCGAUUCGAAUCUAAUAUUCUUUUUUAUAAUAUACGCAUCUCAAUAAAUUCUUAUUAUAUAAAUGAUAUAUACUAUUUUUGAACAAUUUAAACGCAACGACACAAAUGAAAAUGACGUCGCAAAUGACAUCAUGCCACCGAUAUGAAAUAUGAACGUAAAUGCGGUAAAAAAAUUGAAGUUUCAUGUUGUAAUGUAACUUACCGAAAUUUAUAACUGGGUAUAUUAUAUUGUGUCUUGUAAAAUGGUAAAUAUCUGUGUUGUCAGUGAGACACACUUUCAACAUAAUGUGUGUGAAUUUCUACAUAAAAUUAUAUUUGAAGAUAUCUAAAUGAAAUAUAUCGAAAGUACAAACGGAUGUAAUUGUAAUAUUUAAAUGCUAAGUAAUAUAUCUUAGAAUCUGAAAAAUCGGAGGUUUUCAAAUAUUUCAAAUAUUUCAAACAUUACAAAUGAUGAUUUGAAUAUUGUACAUGUCUAUACAUUUAAUGCACAAGUCUGUAAAUAAAUUUUGAAAGUUA